AUUGAUAUGGCGUCCGUCGUAGUCGCUGGUUCUGGUGCUGCUGCUACCAGCCUCGUAUGGGCUACGAGUUUAAGUAAGAUCUCGCAGGACUUCAAAGCCGACAAGGUUGACGAGUACUACGCCGCCCGGAAAACGAGCGAUCGUAACCGGCGGCGUAGUUACAAGUUCCUAACGGAAAGUUACCUUGAGCCAUCGUCGCUGGAAACGACAUGUCUUAAUGGGAAUGCGACCUCCGUCGUGGUCCGCGGGCGGUGCUACCGAAGCCAAAGGAAGACCGGCAAGCCGUACAGCGUGUCGACAACGAUCGCUGCGGACAGCUCUAUUUCGGAGUGCAGCUGCCAGUGCGCUGCAAAAGAAGGCCUUUGUAACUACGCCUUAGCCCUGCUGAGGCUAAUCGUGCUCCUUAAGGGGCAAGGGUACACGGAAGCACCUCCCGAGGUGACGUGCACGGAGCUGCCUCAGCAGUGGCGUCGGCCCCGUGGUUCGCAAAUCUGUGCUGCCAGCGUCGAGGAACUGGAUUGGAGAAGUGCACGGGAAGGAGGACCUUCAAAAGCACAGGGGUCAAGGCUGUACGACGCCAGAAAACGACCAAGAGACCUGGCUGGCAUGCAGCAAGCCAUACAGCGCCUGGGAAAUGACCUCGGCAACCUCGGGGACUCCCCUUUCGCCAAGCACCUGCGGACUGUGCAGGUACUGGGCACAGCUUCGAUGUUUGGUCAAGUCCCCGAGGGCAGCUCCAUCUCCUACCAGCAACCACUCACGCCACACGGGUUUGUGGUGCAUGUGAGCCCAAACAUUGCUCCCUGCGGCAGAGAUGCCUCAAGCACUGCACUGCCCAGCUGGCCAGUUCUUUUCCCCCUGUCAGACACUUUCGGGCCUGGUGCACGGAGCCUCAGUGAUGCCGAAAGGUCACUUUUUAAGGUAUUGUUCCAGCUUCCUUUAUCGUCACAUUCCAUAUUCAGUGACCAAAGAGUAUGA